GGGCGGGAGGGGGCCAGAGGCUGAGCCCGGGCCGAGCCAGCCUGCGCACAGCUCUGCCCUCCACCCCCGGGAGCGGAUCCACGGCCGCCUCUCCGCUCUCCCCGGGGUUAGAGCAAAGCCCCCCCGGGGUGCCCAUCAGUUUCUUUGGGUGACUACAGCGUGUGUUUUGUUUUUCUUUCUUCCCCACUCUCGGUGUGCCCUUCUCCAGGAUGGCAGAGGCGGAAUUGCACAAGGAAAGGCUGCAAGCCAUAGCAGAAAAAAGAAAGAGGCAGACUGAAAUAGAAGGCAAGCGGCAAGAGCUUGACGAGCAGAUACUUCUGCUGCAGCAUUCCAAGUCCAAAUUACUUCGGGAAAAAUGGCUGCUACAGGGUAUACCUGCUGGAACUGCCGAAGAGGAGGAAGCCAGGAAGCGACAGUCUGAGGAGGAUGAGUUCAGAGUUAAACAACUUGAAGAUAACAUUCAAAGGCUGGAACAGGAAAUACAAACACUAGAAAGUGAAGAGUCCCAGAUAUCUGCCAAAGAGCAAAUCAUCCUAGAGAAACUGAAGGAGACAGAAAAAUCCUUCAAGGACUUUCAGAAGAGCUUCUCCAACACGGAUGGAGAUGCAGUAAAUUACAUUUCCUCCCAGCUCCCCAACCUGCCAAUCCUCUGUUCACGAGCAGCAGAGCCUUCACCUGGGCAGGACGGGACCAGCAGAGCAGCUGCUGUGUACGCCAUGGAAAUUAAUGUGGAGAAAGACAAACAAACAGGAGAGACCAAGAUUCUCUCUACCGCCACGAUUGGCCCAGAGGGGGUCCAUCAGAGAGGAGUCAAAGUCUGUGAUGAUGGUACCAAAGUAGUGUAUGAGGUGCACUCAGGAGGCACCGUAGUAGAAAACGGAGUGCACAAAUUAAGCGCCAAGCACGUAGAGGAGCUUAUUCAGAAGGCUGGACAAUCAAGUUUGAAAGGAGGGCGCGUGUCAGAAAGGACUGUGAUUGCAGAUGGGAGCCUCAGCCACCCUAAGGAACACAUGCUCUGCAAAGAAGCCAAGUUAGAGAUGGUACAUAAGUCUAGGAAAGAUCAUUCUUCUGGGAACCCAGGGCAGCAGGCCCAAGCCCCCAGCACUGGAGGCCCCGAGGCAAAUUUGGAUCAGCCAGUCACCAUGAUUUUCAUGGGCUACCAAAAUAUUGAGGAUGAAGAGGAGACUAAAAAGGUGCUAGGCUAUGAUGAGACCAUCAAGGCUGAGUUGGUCCUCAUUGACGAAGACGAUGAGAAGUCGCUGAGGGAGAAGACAGUGACGGACGUGUCCACGAUCGAUGGGAACGCGGCCGAGCUUGUGUCCGGAAGGCCGGUCUCCGACACCACAGAGCCCUCAUCCCCAGAAGGGAAGGAAGAGAGCCUGGCCACAGAGCCUGCCCCAGGAGUUGGAUGGGAGAGUUUGCUGCUAAAGGGAGAAGAGACAGCCUUAGGGGUCUUAGAAACAUCCAACGCAGACAUGACUAUCCAGGGAUCAGCAUUAUCCAUGUGUGCUUCUGCUCCGGCAAGGCACUUGGUAAGCCUGAAGCCAUUGCCGUCUGAGAAUGCCCUUGUACCACAGAAGCCUCCCCAGCUUUCUGAGGAUGAUAUCCAGCUAAAGAUCGAGAGAGAGAACGGUAGUGCCAACCCCCCGGAGCCUGCUCCCUGCUCUCUUCCCCUAGAUCAUAAAAACAUGGAAAUUGAGGUCUCUGUUGCAGAAUGUAAAAGUGUUCCUGGCAUCGCCUCUCCGCCACACUCCAUAGACCACCCCUCCCCUUUCUAUUCACCCCCCCACAAUGGCCUCCUCGCUGAUCACCAUGAAUCUCUGGAUAAUGAUGUGGCCAGAGAGAUCCGCUAUCUAGACGAGGUGCUGGAGGCCAACUGCUGUGAUUCUGCCGUGGACGGAACUUACAACGGCACAUCGUCCCCAGAGCCUGGAGCAGCUGUCCUGGCAGACAGUCCCAGCACCCCCGCACACUCAGCCAUACCAUCAGAACCCACUAACAGGGCCACUCCCAGGCAGGCCCCUCCUCACAUUGAACUCAGUGAAAGCAACUCUGACGACAUGGCAGAGGGUAGAAGAGCCAACGGCCACUCCCCUGACCAGCCCAGGGAUAUGCUGGGGGACAGCCUCCAGGCCCCCGCGAGCCCCACCUCCUCCACCAGCUCCCGGUGCUCGUCCCGAGAUGGGGAGUUCACGCUCACCACACUGAAGAAGGAGGCCAAGUUUGAGCUGCGUGCCUUCCACGAGGACAAGAAGCCCUCCAAGCUCUUCGAUGAUGAUGAGCGUGGGAAAGAACAAUACUGUGUCCGGAAAGUGAGGCCUUCAGAAGAGAUGCUGGAGCUGGAAAAGGAAAGGAGAGAACUCAUCCGGAGUCAGGCCGUGAAAAAGAAUCCCGGCAUUGCAGCAAAAUGGUGGAAUCCUCCCCAGGAGAAAACCAUCGAGGAGCAGCUGGAUGAGGAGCAUCUGGAGUCGCACAAGAAGUACAAGGAGCGCAAGGAGAGAAGGGCACAGCAGGAGCAGAUGCUGAUGCAGCAGCAGGUACAGCAGCAGCUGCAGCAGCCCCCACCAGCGCUCUGCACGGCUCCCACAUCUGGCUUGAUGGAAAAUGCAAAGGAGGACAUUGUCACGGAGCAGAUAGAUUUCUCUGCUGCUCGCAAACAGUUCCAGCUGAUGGAGAAUUCCAGGCAGACCGUGGCCAAGGGCCAGAGUACACCCCGGCUCUUCUCCAUCAAGCCCUUCUACAGGCCUCUGGGGUCCAUCAACUCAGACAGGCCUUCGACUAUUUCAAGACCAGCUUCUGUCAGGGCUGCUCCAGAAGACAGUGGCGCACUGGCGACCAAGGAGCAGCGAGCCAGCUGUGCCCCCGAGAGCCAGUCUUCUAUGGGAGGAAGCCAGGGCAGCACUCCUCAGGGGAAGGAAGGGUCCUGUGGCGAGCCCAAACGCGGGCCCUUAUCUAAACUGUGGGCAGAGGAUGGUGAGUUUACGAGUGCCCGGGCUGUCCUCACCGUCGUCAAGGAUGAUGACCCUGGGAUUUUGGAUCAGUUUUCAAAGUCAGUCAAUGUCUCUUUGACCCAAGAGGAGCUUGACUCUGGUUUGGAUGAGUUGUCGGUGAGGUCCCAGGAUACCACCGUCCUGGAGACACUGUCCAAUGAUUUCAGCAUGGACAACAUCAGUGACAGCGGGGCCUCCAAUGAGACCACCAGUGCCCUUCAGGAAAAUUCACUGGCUGAUUUUUCUCUACCCCAGACUCCCCAAACUGACAACCCCUCAGAAGGCCGUGGAGAAGGUGUCUCCAAGUCAUUUAGCGAUCAUGGUUUCUAUUCCCCAUCUUCCACGCUGGGCGACUCUCCAUCCGUGGACGACCCCUUGGAGUAUCAGGCUGGCCUCCUGGUGCAGAAUGCCAUCCAGCAAGCCAUCGCUGAGCAGGUGGGUGGAGCUGUGCCAGAAACCAGCAAGGGUGGCGCACAAAGGCAGGGACCUGAAGCUAGAACUGGGGCUCCCAGCUCAGAGAAGCCCCAGAGCAUGUUUGAACCACCUCAGGUGUCCUCUCCUGUUCAAGAGAAGAGGGAUGUAUUACCAAAGAUAGCACCUGCGGAGGACAGGGCGCUCAGGGAAAGGGGAACCUCCCAACCACUGCCAGCGGUGCAGCCCAGCGGCCCAAUCAACAUGGAGGAGACCAGACCCGAAGGGGGCUACUUCAGCAAGUACUCAGAGGCCGCCGAGCUGAGAAGCACAGCCUCACUCCUAGCCACGCAAGAGUCUGAUGUGAUGGUUGGGCCCUUCAAGUUGAGGUCAAGGAAGCAGCGGACUUUGUCCAUGAUCGAAGAAGAAAUCCGAGCAGCCCAGGAAAGGGAAGAGGAGCUCAAGAGGCAGCGGAGAGUCCUGCAGAGUACCCCGAGCUCCAGGGCCAAGAACGCGCUGUCCCUGCCCUCCCGAUCUUCCUGCUACAAAACAGCCCCAGGGAAAAUAGAGAAAGUCAAACCUCCUUCAUCCCCCACUCCUGAAGGCCCCAGCUUGCAGCCUGACUUAACCCCCGAAGAGGCUGCCGGAUCCCAGCGGCCCAAGAAUCUGAUGCAGACCCUCAUGGAAGACUAUGAGACUCACAAAUCUAAAAGGCGCGAGAGAAUGGAUGAUAGUAGUGUCCUUGAGGCCACACGGGUUAAUCGAAGAAAGAGUGCACUGGCCUUGCGCUGGGAGGCAGGGAUCUACGCCAACCAGGAGGAAGAGGACAAUGAAUAAUAAACUUCCUUCCACCCAGGAAGCGUCUUUGGUGCUUGGGUUACCAAGAAACCAAAACAUCAACACAUCAAAGCAUUUUAAUGGAAUAUUUAUUAAAGUGCAAACAAACUCAGCAAUCCUUAUGUAGACCAGCAGCUGCAAUAUACAAUGAUGAAAAAUAAAAUGAAAAGAGAAGUGCACCCAUCAAACUCUUACCUCCCAAGAGUCAAAAGAGAAAGGGAUUUUUUGUGACUCAAACAAUUGCCUGGUUUUGGACCAAUCCACAAUUGAUCCAAAAGGACAAAGAAGUGACAAGCAAAUCCACAUGGCUGCUACAGGCAGAAGCGAGACCAGCCUUGCUGGGUGAUGAGGAAGAACAGUGGCGAUGGGGCCAUUACAGAGCAGGGGCCCAUGAGCUGUGCUAUCUGGGCCCAGGCUACUUCUCUGCACCGGUUUCCCACCCAUCGCUCCCAGCAUCACAGGUGUUGGGUUAACUCCAUUUACUCCAGCAGCCAUAAAGUGAAUAACAUUUUUUUUGUCUAUAUUUGCCCAGAAGAGGCCAUUAUGAUUCCAUUUCUCUUACAUUGAAUUGUUUUUAAUUGGGAGCAAUUAAUGAUCGCAACACAUAAAACACACAUUUUUAAGACAAUAUGUUAUAUUGCAAACACAAUCUAUUCUACAUUAGGAGGUUGAGAAAGGGGGAGAAAGCCAAACCAAAUGGAUUAUUUUAGCUUUAGGAUCUCGUCUGCUUAUAAUAUUGACUGAUCUGCAAUUUAUGAGAACACAUUUUCAGUUGUUUCUUCAUAUGAAAACUAUUUAGUGGGCAACAACUAUUUUUAUGAUGGGAUGGGGGAAUAUAUACAUGUAUAAAAUCUGUACACAUUGAACAGCUUGGUUCAAGAUGGUAGGGGUAUUUUUAGAAAGGCAAUUAAUUGAAAAAGGGUGAACUCUGCCUUAGAGAGAUAGACAGCAAGAAAUAAACAGGUGUUUAUAACUAUAUUUUAUACUAUAAAGUGGACUUUAGAGGUAGUAAGGGAGAAUGAUAGAUUAUUUUGGAUCAGUUAGAAAUGACACAUUAAGGAAAGGUCAUGAAGGUAAAGAUGAAGGGAGAAAGUGAGAGAAUAAAGGAAUCAAGAGAUAUUAUUUUGUUGAGCAACCAGUGUUUUUCAGGAUUAUACAGAGAAAAAUAUAGAAUAGAACUCUAGGCUUGGAAUCAGCUACAAAUCCUAAAGACUGUGUGUGUGUGUGUGUGUGUGUGUGUGUGUGUAAAAGUGUGCAUGUACACGGGUGUCUGUGUUUGUGAUGUGUAUGUGCUCACAAGUAAGGGUCUGUGUGUGAAGAUAAAAAUUCCAGAAUGAUCAUGGGACAAGGGUGUACAGUUAUUUCCUCCAGAGCUGUUUUCCAGCAUUAGGAGUAAGUGAGAAUUUCUUUUUUAUGAAAAGGGAUAUAGAGGCACUGAGCUGAUGCAGUAUUUGCUAUAUUAAAUUGACGUAACAUGGUAUUUGCAUGAGUCACAGUUGCAAAGUUUUGAGCAGUUUUGUAAUUGACAUGUAGGGAAGUAUCAUAUUUAUUCUCAUGCUUUGUAUUCAUGCUUAGUAUACUAUAGAAGAAGCCAGCUGUAUUCUUUCUGUCAUUUAAAGCAAUAUGACCAGGGUAUUCAAUAAUCGGGUGCCCUUAAUUUCUGGAUGAGAAAAAAUUUUCUGUUUUCUGGCCAUUGGCCAUGAGAAAAAAAAAAACUGACCAGCCAUUCCCUUUCUCCCCCUUUGUUUUAAAACAGAGGUUUUAAAAAAGCAAUAAUCAAGUCAGACCUCACUAAAAUUCAUUUUUGUUUUUAUAUUGUAUGUCACAAGCUCUAAUAUGUUAUUCUGACAAGUAGCAAUUUCACAAGAUUUGUAUGUAAUGUUAUGCACAUUAUCUUUGCUCUUUUUUGACUAGUGCUGACUUUAGGGGAAGUCUUUAUUCAUAGACAAGUGGUGGGCACAAAAUAAAAAUGGAAUUGUCUGAUAACUUUCAAGGAUUCUUGAAAACUGCGAAGGGAACCUUUAGCUUGAAGCCAAAUUCUACAAAUGGGCUGUUGGCACCAUAUUUAUGUAGUUCAUACUCAUAGGUAGUCUGAAUGAAUCUUCAACAAAAUGGACUAGCCACUGGAGACACAAAGUAAAUUAAGAUCCCUGCCACAAGAAAUUCAUUUUUCCAGUGGAGGAGGCUAACAUGGAGACAGGCAUUCCCAGGAGGAUGAGAUGAAUGUUAGAUUAGAGCUCCUGACAGCUAGGUGGAAACGACCAGGAAGGAUACUUUCCCUGAGGAUUUCCAAGUUUCCAAGAAUCAGACAGGCAGGGUGGCAGCCUCAUGCGGUCCCAGGCAUGCAAGGAUGGCUGGAGAAGAGAGUGAUGUAGUCUAAUGCACAAAAAACAAAAGUGCUUAAUGUUCUUUGCACUGGCAAUGGAUCUAGUAGAGACCCUAGACGUGAUAUUGAUGUGAUAUGGACAAACUCCCCCUCUCUCUCACCAGAGGAAACUGUUCAGGACUCUGCUGAAGUUUUUUGUUCUGUUUUGAAGGAAACCAUGUACUUAUCUUACAUCUACCUUUGAGAAGAGAAUCUCAGUGAAUGAGAGUCUAGCAGGCAAAACAAAGGACUUGCAUUAGAUGCAGACAAGUUGAUUGGACCAGAGCACUGACUGCAUAGACUCAGGGAGCCCAGGUCCUCUGGUCCAGGCUCCACGUGGAGGUAAGGCAACAGAUGCAGAGUUUUGUCACCCUUGCACAGUCACAGAGCUGCUUAACUGCGGCACCUACAUCUCUGACCUCUGCCUGUUCCCUUAUAUUGCCUUCGGGAAGAAUAACUGCUAUUCCUCGCUCCACUCACUCAUAAUCCCAUUACAAUAUAAAUUUCAGUUGCCUUGGAAGAGCCAGAUUUUCUCUGCACUUUCUUGAGAUUUUUAUUCAUUCAAAAAACCUGGGGCCACUGCUUUGUACAUAGCACUGUGCUAGGCUCUGGGACCCCAAAUGAAUCCCUUUAACUUUCCGAAAACACAACAGACCCAAGGAGGAAAGUCACUCCUGCCUAAUCCAGUUGCGAGGAAAAGGCUAGUGAAAAACUUUCCUUGGAUGCUUGUCCCUGCCCCAAAUAGCACG